UCCCCGUAACACACACACACACACUCACACACACUCACACACACACACACUCCAUCCUACACAUGCACACCGCACACACUCACACACGCGGUGUUUUGUGGGAUUAGAACAGAAUCAGUUGGGUGUUUUCAGGGAUUGGCGCGCCGGUGGUUCAGAUCCAGAGACUCGGGUUCGGGAUUUUCUCUGAUUUGAAGGGCAGGAGCGGGAGGAGGAACCGCCAUACUGACCGAGAUGUCGGAGGCUCUGACGCAGCAGGAGCGACUGCAGGCCAUCGCUGAGAAGAGGAAGAAGCAGGCUGAAAUUGAGAACAAGAGGAGACAGCUGGAGGAUGAACGCAGACAACUCCAACAUCUGAAGUCCAAGUCUCUGAGGGAGCGCUGGUUGUUGGAUGGAGCGCCAUCCAGUGGAGAGAAUGAGUUCCAGAAACAGCUGCAUGAGGACGAGAUCAAAACCAGAAUACUGGAGCACACCGUUCUCAGGUUGGAGCAGGAGAUCGAGGAGCUCGAGACAGGAGUUCCCGCAUCUAAACCCAGCACAGAUAAACAAAACACGCCUGAUGGUCCUGGAAAACUGGAGAACGGUGUCCAUAAAAACAAUGCCGAGAACAAAAACAGCACCAGGAGGCAGCUGACGGGCAUCGAGGCCAAGCUGGAGUGCCCAAACCUGGACUCGAAGGCCAUCGAGAACGCCAGCGCGGACCACCCGGUCACCAUGGUGUUCAUGGGCUACAAAAACGUGGAGGACGAGGACGAGACCAAGAAAGUCCUGGGCAUCGAGGACGAGGUGAAGGCCGAGUUCGUCGUCAUUGCCGACGGAGAGAGUAAAGGAGUGACGGAGGACGGACAGAACGAGGAGACGGCGCCUUCCAACGGUGCCACCUCCACUCCUGAGGAAAAGAAUCGGGACGAGGCCGGAAACGGGGGCGAGGCCAAAAAGGACGAGGCGAAGAAAGAGAAACAGCCGUGCAAGUGCUGCACCAUCAUGUGAGCGCGGUAAAACAAACUUACAAACCGACAGUGAAACCACCGGCAUGUGAUGAACUCCAUCGUACGAGUUAAUUCAGCUCCAGUGCUCCACUGGCUCUAUAUUAUAUAUAUACGUUAUAUAUACGUUAUAUAUACGUUAUAUUAUUAAUAUAUUAUUAUUAUCACAGCUGUCAGAUUCAUUACUUUGCUUCUUUUUAGACCCUUAAACCAGAGAUUCGCACUCUUAUACACAAAGAGCUGCAGGAUUUAUUACAAACCAGACGGGAGCUUCACCUGAUCUUGUAACGGGGUGGGGCAUGCACAAGCGGCACCCCAUACCUCUGCACCAACUCAGUGUGGGUCCAAGUGUGGGACCCGCUCCAGAAAGUGUUGAAAAUGUGAUGGCCAAAAAGUUUGGUGAUGCCAGCUGGGUUUCCAGGAAAAGAUAAAAGAUUGACCAGGUUGGACCCACACUGAGGGCAGCACAGUUCCAUGAGAAAGCAGGAGACCCUCUGGAAGAAACCUUAACAAAUAGAAACACCUCCACCAGAAGCAGAUUAACACUCAACAAGGUGACAACAGCUGACUGUCAGUUAAGUGGAACCGACACGUCAAUCAGCUGCACCUCCAUGCUCUCUCUGCUGGCCAUAUUUGGCUAGGCAGAGGGACGUGAUUCCAUAACAAAAUCAGUUUGCGUUAUCACUUGGUCCUGGUUUUCAGGUUAAACUUCUGCAUGGUCCACAUGAAGACCUGCAGCCACUGUGGCUCUUUGUGGAUAAAAGUGAGAAGCAAUAAAUUAAUACAUUAAAAUAAAAUUAAACUGUUUAGCACUGUAGCAUCUACAGAAUCAUCUCAAUACCCCAAUAAACAGUAAAAACUACUGAGAAAAGUAGUGUACUGAAUGAAGUCCCAAAAAUUAAUGCUGAGCUCCAGCGAUGUGGGCCAACCAGACUACAGUAAACAGCUAGUUUAUUUAAAUAAAUAUUCUGCCCUCAUAUAAAAGUGUUCAAAGUGUUUCUGACAGCACUAUAUAUUAUAUAUAACAUUAUAGAUACCAUAUUGUAGAAUAAAAUCCGGGAAUAUCUGCAGUGUAAUCAAUCAGAACAGAAAUGAUUAGAAGUACUGACGUUAAUAUGCUAAUCAUAUAAUAAGAUGUACCUGCAGUAAUAACAGUAAUGAUGUCAUUACGGUUACCAUUACAAACGCUGACAUCCAAAAUGAUGUCAUUAAUGAUCAUUACUACCAUGUGACAACGUUGAUGAUGUCAAUAUGGUUACAGUAAGAACUUAGGGAUUUCGUUCCUUAUUUGGUGCCCCGUGUGAGGACAUGAACAUAAUAAUAGCACAAACGUUUCAGCUCUUGUAUUUACACUGCAGGUACUUCCUGUAUACUCAUGUAUUUGUAUGUAUGUACCAGAUCUUACUGUCCAGUAUGAACUUCUUUUUUAUUUCUAUUACUAUUUUUCUAUAUUUCCGUCUUGACAUUUCUAUAUAUAUUCUAUUCUAUUCUAUUCUAUUCUAUUCUAUUCUAUAUAAGUCUAUAUUUUCAUGAUGUAAUGCUCUAAUGAAGUGCUGGUGAGAGACAGCGGGACAGUGUUGUUCAGUGUUGUUUCACCUGUUUGAUUUUAAAUGAAGUAUGAAGGAGAUCUCGGUAUAAAUAUGAAUAUUUCGUAAAUAUUUCUCACUGUUCUGACUGUAACGUUUUUAAUGGAUAUUACUUUAUCUAUCAGAUUAUAUAACAGAGUUGUUAAGCUUUUAUAAUGUACACAUUGUGUGUUUUGUUCUGUGUUGGUUCAUCUCAGAUCACUGUGAGGACUGUUUGUACACACGUGUGCGUUACGUCAUGGUAGAAAAUAUAUAUAUGUGUAUAUUUAAGUGUAUAUUUAGGAAUGUUUCAAUAAUGAGGUUUACGAUAGAUGAAAUAAAAGGUCGUCUGAUGUUCAACACA